AUGUCCGCAGAGACACCUUCAUUACUGGUCUGCGGUCCCUUGAUAUCGGACCCGGACGCGACCCAUCUCGCCCGGAUCCGCUCCGCCCUCGUCCACACGCCACAGCUGGCAGAGCUCAGGCAAGCCGUCACGGAACUCCCGGGGGUCUGGUCUCUCCUCGCCGGAGGAGAACCAUCCCUAGAGCGUGUCCACGCCGCGCCGUUGCUCCAGGCCUUUGCGGAAUGGAUCAACAAGGGCAACUCCUCAGGCCUCUUGGCGGCCGGCCAGAGCUCGAGGAAUACGCGGUUAGCAGUGUUGACGGUCCUCUCCCACCUCGCAGAGUACGUCACCUUCUUACGGGGUCUCGAUGCGGGUGCGGAAGAGGACUUGGCGGGCGAGCUGGACGAGCACACAAAGACGCUGGGGGGCCUCCGAGACGGUGGCGUCCAGGGCCUGUGUGUUGGAAUGCUCUCUGCCAGCGCGUUGGCUUGCGCCAGAAACACUUCAGAGGUGGCCGAGCUCGGUGCCGUUGCCGUGAGGCUGGCCAUGUGUUCCGCGGCGUUCGUCGACCUCGACCAGAUUCAGUCUUCAGACCCAACCGUCUGUGUGAGUGCGCGGCUACCGCGGAACGCGGGUGAGGGGGACGAACAGGACCGUCAGCCAUUCCAAGAAGCUCUUGAAAGCUAUCCAGAGGUACGUAUCCAACAUUCUCAGUCAAGCCAGUCGUGGGUUCAAAAGGAGAAAGCUUGGCUUACAUGUGCGCUUCGUCGACAGGCUUACAUCGGCGUCCGCAUGGAUGUUGCCGGCACGACCAUCACCGCUACGAAGAGCAUAACGGGACCUCUGACCCGCCACCUCGAAGGACAAGGGGCCAUGACGAAAGAAAUAGACCUCAAGGGCCGCUUCCACUACCCGGGACACGAAGACGCGCUACAGAAGCUCGUCCGGCUCUGCGAGUCCACGCCGAUGCUGCAGUUCCCGCAGAACAGAUACCCGCUCGUGCCGUUGCGGCAGACCAUCACCGGGGACGUCGUGACGGACGAGACACCCCUCCACGAGACUGUGCUGCGCUGUAUCUUGACCGAGACAGCCGACUGGCACACAACCAUGACGCGAGCCGUGUCGGCAUUGGCCGGGUCACCAGAGACCAAGUCAUCGCCGGCCGGAAACCGAACCCGGCUCCUGGUCCAGCUGGGGAUCGCCGAGUGCAUUCCCCGCUCCGUCCUGGCCGGCAUCCCCUCCAUCCGGGUCUUGCAGCCGACGACCGGCAAGCCGGCUCGCCCCGGCCAUUACCCGGACGACGCCAUCGCCGUGAUCGGCAUGUCGUGCCGGUUCCCCGACGCCGAGACGCCGGAACACUUCUGGGAAAUCAUCCAAUCCGGCGCAAAGGCCGGCUCCGUCUUCCCGGACGUCGGAUCCUUCGACUGCGGCCUGUUCCGCAAGUCCCCCCGCGAGGCCGAGUACAUGGACCCCCAGCACCGGCUCGCCCUCCACCUCGCGUACGAGGCGCUCGAGGCGGCCGGGCACUUCAGCCCGUCGUCGUCGUCGACGGACGACGUUGGCUGCUACGUCGGCAUGUCGUCGUGCGACUACGAGGACCACGUCAACGCCCGCCCGCCCACGGCCUUCUCCUUCACCGGCACCGCGCGCGCCUUCGCGAGCGGCCGCAUCAGCCACUUCUUCGGCCUCACGGGCCCCUCCGUCGUCGUCGACACGGCCUGCUCGUCGUCCGGCGUCGCCAUCCACACCGCCUGCAGGGCGGUCCUGUCCGGCGAGUGCGCCGUGGCCCUCGCCGGCGGCGUCAACCUGAUGACGGACGAGGGCCAGGCCCACCAGAACCUCGCCGGCGCGUCGUUCCUCAGCCCGACGGGCCAGUGCCGCCCCUUCGACGCCGCCGCCGACGGCUACCGCCGCGGCCAGGGCGGCGGGUUCGUCCUGCUGAAGCGGCUCUCGGCCGCCGUGGCGGACAACGACCGCGUCCUCGGCGUGAUUGCGGCCUCGGCCGUCAACAACAGCAAGGGGAACCGGUCCAUCACGCUGCCGUCGUCCGAGUCCCAGAGCAGGCUGUAUCGACAGGUGCUCGGCUCGGCCAACGUCCACCCGAGCCACGUGUCGUACGUCGAGGCGCACGGCACGGGCACCCAGAAGGGGGACCCGGUCGAGUGCCAGAGCAUCCGCAGCGUCUUUGGCGGGAGCAGCCGCGCCGGGUCGUCGUCCCCCAUCCGUCUCGGGUCGGUCAAGGGGAACCUUGGCCACGGCGAGGCGGCGUCGGGAAUCGCCUCGCUCGUCAAGGUCCUCCUGAUGCUGCAACACGGCGUGAUCACGCCCCAGGCCAACUUCUCCAUGCUGAACCCCGCCAUCCCGCCUCUCGAAGGGGACAACAUGGAGAUCGUCGUGAGCCCGGCAUCGUGGAGAGGGCCCUUCCGGACGGCGCUGGUCAACAACUACGGCGCAUCGGGUGCCAACGCCGCCAUGGUGGUCUGCCAGGCCCCGUCAACACACCUAUCUCAGAUCGCUUCGACGAGGACGGCGGCAAUGACUACAACUCAUCGUUACCCGUUCGUGAUCACGGCCAACACCGCAUCGAGUCUUCACAGGAGCUGUCUUGCCCUCUUGCGCUUCAUCGAGACUCUGCCCGCGGGCCUCAACAACGAUUCUCUCCCUAGCUUGGCCUUCCAUCUGGCCCAGCGCCAGAACCACGCCCUCGUCCACCGCAUAGUCUUCUCGGCCAGGUCGGUUGCUGAGUUGAAAGCCCACCUUCUCGCGCAGGUCGAAGGGGGGAAUAUCCCCAGCGAUACCUCCAGCCAGGCCCAAAAGACCGGCACAAAGCCCGUGGUCCUCCUGUUCUCCGGCCAGACUGGCCGGCGGGCCCAUCUCAACCGCGACGCGUACACCAGCUUCCAUCUUCUCCGACACCAUCUGGAUCGGUGUGACCGCACCCUCCAGACUCUCGGCCUCCGCUCCCUGUUCCCUCGCAUCUUCGACGCAGACCCCCUCGAGGACCUUGUCGACCUCCACUGCAUGCAGUUCGCCCUGCAGUACUCCGUGGCCGCGUCCUGGACCGACUCCGGGCUCGAGAUCAAGGCCCUGGUGGGACACAGCCUCGGCCAGCUCACGGCUCUCUGCGUCAGCGGCGCGCUCAGCCUCGCCGACUCUUUGAGGAUGGUGUCUGGUCGGGCGUUGCUCAUCCAGACCGCGUGGAAACAGGAGCGAGGCUGCAUGCUCAGCGUCGACGCCGAUGCCGCCACGGUAGAGACUCUUGCGCAGUCCGUGUCGGCAGAGGACAAGGUCGAGAUCGCGUGCUACAACGCCGCCCUGCACCAGGUCGUCGCCGGCACUGAAGCGGCCGUCGCCGCGUUCGAGAACGCCGCUGGCUCAAGCGGCAUCUCGACAAAGAGACUCGCCGUCACGCAUGCGUUCCACUCGAAGCUCCUCGACGAUAUCCUCCCGGAGUACCACCGCCUCCUCAGGAGUCUCGAGUUCCGCCCAGCAAAGAUCCCCAUAGAGCCUUGCUCCGAGUUCGGCGGCGGCUGGGACUCCGUCACACCGGACAUUGUCGGACGUCAGUCCCGCGAGCCCGUCUACUUUGCGGCGGCCAUGGCGAGAGUAGAACAGCGGCUGGGCUCUUGCGUGUGGCUGGAGGUUGGCUCCGGAUCUGCCGCCAUCACCAUGGCUCGCCGUGCCCUCGAAAGUCAGAAACCAUCAUCACAGGCGAUGGUAUCGCAUUCUUUCUACGCUGCCCAGCUUCACAGCCCGGAACCAGUGUCGUCAGUUGCGGAUUCCACCGUUGGUCUUUGGAACGAGGGUGUUAGAGUGCAGUUCUGGCUGUACCACGCUUCCCAACGACAGUCUUUCGUGCCGAUGGACCUCCCUUCGUACCAGUUCGAUAAGACGCAGUACUGGCUGCCGUUCAUCGAGAGGAAUAAGGGGUCAGAUUCCAACGACCAGUCAGCGUCAUCUCAAGCUGCGCCAGACCUGGUGACCCUCGUUGGAAGUCUGGGUUCGGCAGAACCGCAAGCCUACGAGUUCUCCAUCAACCAAGAGAGCGACGAGUACGCCCUCUUCGUGAAGGGCAGAACGGUCUUUGGGCAUUUCCUGGCGCCUGGCUCCGUAUACGCAGAGUCUGCCGCCCGCGCCUUUGCGCUUCUGCCGACUGAUAACACGCCCCAGCCUCCCGCCUCCGUGGAGCUGGGCCAGAUGAAGCUCCAUGCGCCGUUUGGCCUCGACCUCCAGAGGCGUCUUCGUUUGGUCUUGCGCCAGCAGACGGCAUCAAGCUGGGAGUUUGUGGUGGAAAGCUGCCCGCUCCACGAUGACAAGGAAAUAUCUCCCAAACCCCAAGCAUCAGGGACCGUCAGGCUACAGGGCCAGGGACGUUCUCCCUUUGGCACGAGCCAGAGCAUCCUCCGCCGCCUCUUCGACCGCUGCGGGGAGCUGCGCGAGGACCGCGGCGCUUCCGUCGUCCAGGGCGCCUACGUCAAGAAGAUCAUGUCCCGGGUGGCCAGUUACGACGACAGGUAUUUCGGCAUCCGCUUCGUGGCAUCCCGGGGCUUGGAGGCCGUCGGCGACGUCGACGCUCUCCCGAUCGUGUCCGAGUGCCGUGCCGGAACGGCGUUGAGCCCGCCCGUCUUUGACAACUUCCUGCUUGUUGCUGAGAUGCACGCCGGCAGCCUGGGAGACCUCGCAGAUGAUCACCUAUACAUCUGCGGCGGCUUCGAGGCCAUCGUCCCCGGGGACCAGACCUCGCAGACCGACGGGCCCUGGACGGUUCUCUCGACGCUGGAGCGGGAGAACGACAAGACGCUGGUGUCGGAUAUUCUCGUCUUCCACGCGGGCAGCAAGAAGCUGGCCCUCUCCAUCCUGGGCGCGAGGCUCACGCAGAUCCCCGCCCGGUCCCUGCAGAAGACUCUGGACGACAUGAACGCCGCGAGACCGGCCAAGGUCAGCAACAGCGAGGACGUUUUGACACCGCCGCUCCCCGCCGUGGAAUCUCCUCCCACCGACCUCUCCAACGGGCAGAUCCACUGUGAUCUCCGCUCCGCCCUCUCCCCCCUCAUCAGGUCUACCACGAGCCUGUCUCAACUGACCUCGAGCGAUGACACGAAGGACUCGUUGGGCCUGUCAUCGAGGCCGUCCAUAACCCCGGCGAGCUCGGCCACGUCCGAGAACGACCAGGACACCACCGCCCUCUACAACCUGCUUGCGGAGCACUUGGACUGCUCCAACGGCAUCCCGCCGGACAUGCCGCUGGGCAACAUCGGUCUGGACUCCCUGAUCUCGAUCCAGCUGCAGUCCGACCUAGAGAAGCUGUUCGGGAAGAGCCCGGCCCUGAAGCUCAUCGACGAGAACACCACGUUCCUGGAACUCUGCGGCAUGGUCCUGCAGCAGGAUCUCUCCAGCCAGCUGAAGUCCAGGCUCUCGCCGGUCGACUCGGCCAACGCCAGAACGACAUUGAACGAGCCCCUCCAAGCCUAUGGCGGAUAUGGUCAUGCCAUGUCUGUCGUGGCACCAGCUCCUGUAUCGCCACAAGAUACUCCCCCCUUUCUCCCCCUAGCCGUCGAAGCGUUUAAACGGGUCAAGAAAGACACCGGCGCCUUUGCCCAAAAGACCGGGUUUGCCGGCUUCUACCCAGAUGUACAGCAGAAGCAGACCUCCCUCGUCCUGUCCUACAUCCUGGAGGCCUUCGCCACCUUGGGCUGUGACCUCGGAACACUCCAGUUGAAGGAUCGGUUGCCCGGCAUACCCCAUCCCGCCAAGUAUCAGAGGCUGAUGGGCAGGCUCCACGACAUCCUGGAGGAGGCCGGAAUCAUCUCCCCGCCGGAUGCCCAGCUGUUCCGUUAUCGUACGGACGCACCACUGCCACCUCCCACACCUUCAGAAGACCUGUACCGUCAGAUCCUGGACGAGUGCCCGCUCUACCGGCCUGAUCACCAGCUGCUCGGCGUGACGGCCUCGCGGCUGGCCGACUGCAUUUCCGGCCGCGCAGACCCCCUACAGCUGUUGUUCCAGGAUCAGGCGUCCCUCAAGCUCCUCGAGGACGUCUACGUCAGCUCGCCCAUGUUCUCCACGGGCAACAGCAUGCUAGGCGAGAUGCUCCGCGGGCUGUUCUCGCAGGCCCGGUUUCAGAGGGAGGGCGGCUCCGAGAAGCUCCGGAUCCUGGAGAUCGGGGCCGGCACCGGCGCCACCACGAGACGCGUCCUCGACCAGCUCAUCCAGAGCGGCGUCGACUUCUCCUACACCUUCACCGACAUCUCCCUCGCGCUCGUCAACGGCUCCAAGCGCAAGUUCACCGCCAGCUACGGCCGGCAGCGGGUGGACUCGGACAUGGAGUUCACCGUCCUCGACAUCGAGAGGCCGCCCCCCGCGAGCAUGCUGCAGGCGUUCCACCUGGUCAUCUCGUCCAACUGCAUCCACGCCACGCGGGACCUGCGGACGUCCUGCGGCAACAUCGAGAAGCUCGUGCGCAGGGGGGACGGCAUGCUGUGCCUGCUGGAGCUCACGCGGCCGCUUGCCUGGCUGGACUGCGUCUUCGGGCUGCUCGACGGCUGGUGGCGGUUCGAGGACGGGAGGAAGUAUGCCCUGGCUCACGAGGACGAGUGGCGGGCGAGGUUGGAGAGUGCCGGGUUCCAGAACGUGGACUGGACCGGGGACGGCUCGCGUGAGUCUGAGCAUUUCCGGCUUAUCACGGCAUGGCACUGA